UACGAAAUUUAGUAAUGGGGGGUGCGCGACAUGGACACCGAAGUCAGGGUUUAGAAUUUCAGUACAGCUUCGGAUAGCCGCGAAGCGCUGCUUUGUUAGAUCUCCAAUUGUUUACAGAUCCGAUUUUUUUUAAUAUCCCCCGCGACUAUUAUCGCUUAUAUGAAAUAUACGAACCGGAUUUUUAAAAGAAACCAGAUUCUUAGUUAGAAACUUUUACAAAAGCGCACUAAACGACGCAACAGUAUUGUAUUACAGAGUAAAAAAUAAUAAAAAAGUAGUGACUUGUGAACUUUUUAGUGUUUUGAGUGAGUGUUAUAAAUUAAAAAUUUAAUAUAACUGUGAAAUGAACGAAGAUAUUUAAAAAUAAUAUUAGGUUUUCAAAGCUAUGGAUUGUGAAAUCAAAAUCAAACAGCCUACCAAAGACAAAGUGUACCAUUCAAAAACAGAACCGUAAGCGCAAAAUGACAGCACAAAAACUUUUUACCGCCAAAAGAACUGUCAAAGUGACAUUGUGUGUGACAUUACCGCGAGGGUAAAUAAUGGUGACCCUGAUGCCGUGUAGCUACCUCGGAGGGGGUGCCUCCCCACGCUGCAGCUUGGACCACGCAGAGCCAAAGGCAAAAAGACCAAGACCUGACACAGGCACCGAUGUAUCAGAUCGAUUAUCAGGCGAAGUCAACACAAGCCCCUGCGAAUCAGAAUCAACAUCGAACUCCCCGCCAUCACUCCUGCAGGAUGCGACGUUGCCAGCUCUCCUAGUCUCCGGAUCCUCCACACUGUUCCAGAACACUACAACGACUACCAACACAGCGCUCAGUCUGUCAGCUGUUGACAGCUUAUGCUUGCCUGGUACUUCAGAAGUGGAGAGCUGUAGUUUAGCGAACGGAUGCGCUACGAGCUCGUCGCUGGGACUGGCCUUGCCGUUGACGUCGACUGGAGGACUUUGUUCGACCUCCUCGUCGGCUGCGGUAGCCUGGUUGAUGAAUGAGGAUAGUGCUGGUGGUGUAAAGAGUGAGGUCCGCAGCCCGGGCCUGUGCGAAGCCGACGUGGCGCUGUACGGUGAAACGCUGCCGUACGACCAGUCUGCCCUGCCCUACCAGUAUUAUAAUAGCAUGCAGCAAUAUGGUAGCGGCAGCGCAGCUUCGUCGUACGUCAGCUCGUCGCUGUACAACCAGCCAUACGGGGCAUACCCACCACAGCAUAACACUACCAAUCGGUCGUCAUGUAAAGCGACGCCGACGUACCUAAGCGCUUACGGAGUGAGCGGAGUAAGCGGCGUGCCCAGCACGGGCUUUGGGACCCAGCCCUCGCCUUACGCCUACUCUUCGUACAACGGAGGACUGGCGCAGUCGUUUCCUACUGCACAACAGGACUACAGCAGCUAUGCGGCCGGCUACGCGGACCACAACGUGGCCCAAUACAGCGGAUACUACGCCGCGCCUAGUUACUCGCCCUAUGUGAGCUCGCCCAGCAGCAGCGGCAGCGCGGGACACACUUCAUAUCAUUUAGGAGGUGCAUUAUCGGAAUCUCCAUCAUCUAUGCUGCCGUCAAUAAAUGACACAAGUCCACUCUCCCCCAUCAAAACAGAAGUACACGCGGCCAGUCGGAGAUGUCGAGAGAACUCAGGAGAAAGCACAGCAUCACGAUCACGGGGCCGCGGCCGGCGCAACACAUCAUCGUCUCCCGCACAACACGUGCCCGAGCCGGCUACAGACCGAGUGUUCAUCUGGGACCUGGACGAGACCAUCAUCAUCUUCCACUCGCUGCUCACUGGGACUUACGCUACUAAGUACAAUAAGGACACACAGCAAAUAGUUCAAUUGGGUUUUAGAAUGGAAGAAAUGAUAUUCAGCUUAGCCGACACACAUUUCUUCUUCAAUGAUGUUGAGGAUUGUGACCAGGAGCACAUAGACGCAGUAGCGGCCGACGACAACGGACAAGAUCUAUCCGCCUACAACUUCACCGCAGACGGGUUCCACGCGGGAGCGGCACCUAACACCGGCUUAUGUGCGCCUGGUGUCCGAGGCGGCGUUGACUGGAUGAGAAAACUGGCUUUCAGAUACAGGAAGAUCAAGGAUACGUACAAUAAUUAUAGGAAUAGUGUCGGUGGUCUCCUAGGCCCAGCUAAGAGAGAACAGUGGCUGCAGCUGAGAGCUGAACUAGAACAGGCGACAGACAACUGGCUCACUCUAGCCUGCAAGUGUCUCAAUAUGAUCAAUUCUAGAGAGAACUGUGUGAACGUGUUGGUGACGACGACUCAGCUGGUGCCCGCGCUAGCUAAAGUCCUGCUAUUCGGGCUCGGAGGCGUCUUCCCUAUCGAGAACAUAUACUCCGCUACUAAGACCGGUAAAGAAACAUGCUUCGAAAAAAUAAAGCAGCGCUUCGGCGAGCGAUGUACAUACGUCGUCAUUGGCGACGGACAGGACGAGGAGGCGGCGGCCAAAGCGAAGAACUAUCCUUUCUGGAGAAUAUCUAGCCAUUCAGACAUCGCCGCCCUUUACAACGCACUGGAUAUGGGCUUCUUAUGAUCUACUGGUACCCUGGUACUUGAAUGCACGAGAUAUUUUUUUUAAAUUAAACAGCAAUAGGAACGGAAUACUGGAAUUUAGUUUGAUGUGCUAUCGAGUCUCCUAUGAUCUACUGGUACCUUAGUACUUCAUAUUCUCGCGGGAAUUUAAAGUAUUUGAUAAGAUCUUUGUUUGUUGGGUACAGUACUUGUGGACCACAUGAGAAAUUAUAGCGUUUCAAAUUGGAAAGUUAAUUACUGAAAAUUAACAGAGCAGUCUUUCUAAGUUCUAAGAGCUUCUGAUGUCCUGGUUUUGUGGGAGGAAGAUGACUAUUAAAAAUUCGUCUUUCGCUACUGUCGAAAGGAUAAAUAAAAGACAAAAAUCUACUGUUUUUUAAAUAUGAAUGAACAAGACCAAAACAUGGUAAAAUCUCUGAUACUUCCUGAGCGCAGGUUCAUUAAAAUGAAUAUCUAAAAUACCUACAUAUUUGAUGGUCAAUGACACACUCGAUCACUACUUCGUCUGAUUUCAGAGCUUCCUAUAACCAAAGCCAAAAUUUUUGAUACUUUUACGAAACGACAUUAUGUGAAAACUAUUUUCACAUAUCCUUACUGAGACAAUGCCUUGAAGCGGCCAAAAGAUAUUCGAAAAAUCUUCUAGAACAUUUUUCUAAAGAUUUAAGAUGACUUUAAGAGGUAUCUUGAUCGUUAAAUACAGUAGUUAGAAGAAUUAACAUAGCUUAUGAAACGAACUAUUUUUUAUUUAUUAUACAGGUUGAUAAUUUUAUUUUUUUAGCUCGCUACAGUUGUAGAUAAAUAUAUGAAAUGGAUUCGAGUUCAGUAUGUUGGUAAAACUGCCUGUGGUUCAUGUCUAUGAAUAAGAAAUGUUCACAUUAAUACACAAAUGUGCAAUAAUUUCAUGCUUAAAUAAAAAAAACUUUCUAAAAACACUGAAAUAGUGCUGAACACCCAUUAAUACAAACUAUAUAUCGGGUGUGUCGUUCAUAAUCACAUUAAAUGAAAUGCGUUAAUAUACUGGUUGAUAUAUGUCGAUAAACACAAAGAAAAAAGAAAAUUACGUAAAAAUAAAAAAAUGCAUUUUUCAAACAAAGUAAAUAGAAUAAAAAUGUGUGAAAAUUAGAACACCAUAUAGAAGUCAGUCAUUACAAACAGCUGAAAUUCUCCCUUGAAAACUGACAGCUAUCAACUGAUCAAAACAUUCGAUACUCCUAACUUUAUCUCUGCUUUACACGUGAUGUUGUAAAUUAUGAAAACGAAAAAUGAGUCCUGUGGCUAAACCACUGAAUGGAUUAUGUUAUUUUUUUUACAAUUCGCUAUAGAAUAUAAUGAAGUACAUGUGAUAUAAUUUAAUGUGAUUAUGAACGACACACCCGAUAUACAAACUUAAACUGCUUUACUAAAAAUAAAAUACUAGAUACAAAAAUAUUACAGGAAUACUUCGACACCUAAUCAAUGUUCUUUUAUUUUUAUGAAAUUCAAACAUUUUUACUUUAUUUUUCAUAAAUAUAUGUAGUUUGGAUCCAGGCUACACUCUCAUAUUGUUUUCGAAUCCAUGUACUAGGCUAACUUAUUGUCGCGAAAGUAUGUAUGAUCUUAAAUAUCGAAGAAAUAAGACUUUAGAACUCGCGACAACUAUCUUAGCCCAUAUUACCUUCUCGGCUCCAUAAAAGUACAUUUUUUCAUAAAAACAUUAGUUUCGGGGCCUCAGCUAUUUAAAUAUAUUAAUUAUUUUAGUUUAUAAAAGCUCAAAGUCAGCUCAAAAUCUAAUACGAAAACUAAAAUGGAUAAAUGAUAUGAUUUUUUGUAAAUAUUUAUUGAAAAUAGUAGCGACGUAGUGUUUUGUAAGUCCAUUCCUACAAUAAGUUUUAUAUAAUCUUUACUGUAAUUAUUAGGACAAUGUAUAGCAAAUAAAUGAGUCUUAUAGUUUUUCUAUUUGUUUUCGGGAUGGUCUUAAAGUAUCAAUAUUUAUUGGGGUACAGCCCACUAAAAUAAAGAUUAAAUGAUGUUUUUAUUGGACUGUACCCAAAUAAAUUAAAACCACACGAGUUUGGCAUAUGUAAUUGUAAUAUUAUACCUAUGUAAAACAAAAAAAUUGUUCCUGUUACUCUAAGCACAAGCGUUUUUGAUAUCUUCCAAUAAGGACACGAAUUUCUUUGUAUAUCUUUCAGAAACUGUACAACUACUCAAGACUUUUCAUUUCACGAAACGUAGCAAUAUUUUUAAAUGUUAUUAAAAAUAGAAAAAAAAAUUGUAAAUAAAAAUCUAAAUUUUAGAUUAGAUAUAGCUUAUUAAUCUAGUUCGAAAGUUAUUAUUAUUCGAUUUGUAAAUAAAAUUAUAUUAUUUGACAAUUUA